AUGUCUCUUCCACUAAGCGCAGAGGAGGAAUCUCGGUACACCUCCAUUAUUGAUGGUAUUCUCGGGACUGCGGACUUGACUACCGUCACCCGGAAGAAGAUCCGCCUGGGCUUGGAGAAGGCACUUGGCGGCAAGGAUUUGAGCGACCAAAAGGUAACUUUUCCCCCAUGCUCCGACCCUCCCGCACCAGUAGCAGGAAACGCACGAAGUCAUGACCAGCCAUCAGCUAAACGUUCCCUUCUCCAGGAUGCUAUCAAGGCCCUGAUCGAGGAGCGCUUCGACGCCAUCUCCGGCCAAGACGCCCCCGAAACACAAUCUGCGAGCCCUGCCCCAAAGAGGGAAGCCAACGGCUAUGACGACGAUGGAGACGGUGAGAUUCAAGUUUCUACCUCUCCCGUCCGAAAGAAGCAAAAGCGUGAAGACUCUUCGGAAGAUGCCGAUGCCAAGCUCGCGGCUGAGCUGCAGGCUCAGGAGAAUCGCAUGGCCAGGGGACGUACAACUCGCGGCGGUAACGGCGCAACCACCAAGGCGACCAAGAAGAAGAAGGCCGCUCCUCGAAAGAAGAGCGAUAAGAAGGUUCGCGACGGUGACGAUAGUGAUGUCGAUGGAAGCGAAGAGGCGCCAAAGCGAAAGGCUGGUGGAGGUUUCCAGAAGCCCUUCAACCUGAGCGACCCUCUAGCGGAGCUGGUCGGCGAAACACAGCUCUCCCGUCCGCAGGUGGUCAAGAAGCUCUGGGAGCAUAUCAAGGGAAAUCAAUUGCAGGACCCCGAAAACAAGCGACAAAUUCUAUGCGACGACAGAAUGCAAGCUAUUUUCAAGCAGCCCAAGGUGGACAUGUUUCAAAUGAACAAGAUGAUUGGCAGCCAUCUCUACCCCGUUGAAGAGCAGUAA